AUGGAGGUAUUCUUCGGAGCUGGAGAGUCUUCCUUUGCGGCCUGGCGCUUCUUCUUCGCGGCGCUGGCGUGGUCUUCUUCAGGCGCUGGCGCGUCUUUUCGGCGUUUGGUUUAUUCUCCGACGCGCUGGAGCUAUUCUUGCGGCCUGGGCGUCUUCUUGAGGGCGCUGGAGGUCUUCUUAGCGGCUGGGCUGUCUUCUUUGCGGCUGGCGGUCUCUUCGCGGCGCCUGGUCGUCUUCUUCGCGGCGCUGGUCGUCUUCCCUCGCGGCGCGGCGCGCUUCCUCCGCGCGCUGGCGGCGUCUUCUUCGCGGGGCUGGCGCGUCUUCUUCGCGGCGCUGGCGUCUUCUUCGCGGCGCUGGCGCGUCUCUUCGCGGCUGGUGGGUCUUCUUCGCGGCGCUUUGGCGUCUUCUUCGCGGCGCUGGCCGUCUUCUUGCGGCGCUGGCGCGUCUUCCUUCGCGGCGCUGGGUCGUCUUCUUCGCGGGCCUGGCGUCGUUUCUUCGGCGCUGGCGCGUCUUCUUCGCGGCGCUGGCGCGUCUUCUUCGCGGCGCUGGCGCGUUCUUCUCGGGGUGGCUGUCCUCUUCCUCCGGCGCUGGCGCGUUUUUCUGCGGCGCUGCGGGCUCUUCUUCGCGGCGCUGGCGCGUCUUACCUCGCGGCGCUGGCGGGUCUUCUCCGCGGCGCUGGCGGGUCUUUUCCUCGGGCGCUGGGGUCUAUCUUACGCGGCGCUGGCGCGUCUUAUUCGCGGCGCUGGCGCGUCUUACUUCGCGGCGCUGGCGGGUCUUCUUCGCGGCGACUGGGAGCGGGGUCUUUUAGCGGAGAUGGAGGAAAAUUCCAUACACACACGGACCAGAUCUUAAUGUGGUUAUUUAAGCCUGGGGCCUCCAGCAAUCAGGCUAAUCCUGCCAUCCACCUCUGAUUCAGAGGGGUUGGGUUAAAUGCGGAAGACGCAUUUCGGUUGAAUGCAUUCAGUUAUGCAACUGACUAGGUAUUCACUUUCCUUUACUUCCUCCCUCCAUCUCAUCUCACCUUCCUCCUCCAUCUCAUCUCAUAUCUCCUUCCUCCGUCUCAUCUCUCCUUCCUCCUCCCUCCAUCUCAUCUCUACUUCCUUCCUCCCACCGUCUCAUCUCUCCUUCCCCCUCCCUCCAUCUCAUCUCUCCUUCCUUCCUCCCUCCAUCUCAUCUCUACUUCCUUCCUCCCUCCAUCUCAUCUCCUUCCUCCUCCCUCCAUCUCAUCUCUACUUCCUUCCUCCCACCGUCUCAUCUCUCCUUCCCCCUCCCUCCAUCUCAUCUCUCCUUCCCCCUCCCUCCAUCUCAUCUCUCCUUCCUUCCUCCCUCCUCUCAUCUCAUCUCUCCUUCCUUCCUCCCUCCGUCUCAUCUCUCCUUCAUCCUCCCUCCGUCUCAGAAAUCUCCACCUCCCUCCCUCCCUCCGUCUCAUCUCUCCUUCCUUCCUCCCUCCGUCUCAUCUCCCCUUCCUCCUCCCUCCCUCCAUCUCCCCUUCCUCCUCCCUCCUCCAUCUCUCUCAUCUCCCUUCCCUCUCUCAUCUCUCCUUCCUCCUCCCCUCUCUCUCUCUCUUCUCCUCCCCCGCUCAUCUCUACUUCCUUCCUCUCCUCCGUCUCAUCCUCCUUCCUCCUCUCUCCGUCUCAUCUCUCUUCCUCCUCUCCUCCACAUCUCCUCUCCUUCCUCCCUCCCUCCAUCUCAUCUCUACUUCCUUCCUCCCUCCACUCAUCUCUCCUUCCUUCCCCCUCCCUCCAUCUCAAUCUCUCCUUCUCCUCCUCCCUCCUCUCAUCCCCUCUCCUCCUCCUCCAUCUCUCUCCUAUCUUCCCUCUCCCUCCUCUCAUCUCUCCUUCCCCCUCCCUCAUCUCAUCUCUCCUUCCUCCCCCCAUCCUCAUCUCUCCUUCCUCCUCCCUCCUCUCAUCUCUCCUUCCUUCCUCCCUCCAUCUCAUCUCUCCUUCCCCUCCUCCUCUCCAUCUCUCCUUCUCCUCCCUCCCUCCUCUCAUCUCUCCCCUCCCUCCCCCUCUCAUCUCUCCUUCCUCCUCCCUCCUCCUCACUCCUUCCCCUCCUCCUUCACUCUCCUCCCUCCCUCCUCAUCUCAUCUCUCCUUCCCCCCUCUCCCUCUCUCCUCUCCCCUUCCAUCCUCCCUCCCCUCCUCCAUCUCAUCUCUCCUUCCUCCUCCCUCGCAUCUCAUCUCUCCCUUCCUCCUCCCUCUCAUCCUCCUUCCUCUCCUCUCUCUCUCCCUCCUCCCUCCUCUCAUCUCCCUUCCUCCUCCCUCCCUCCAUCUCUCUCUCUCCCCUUCCCUCUCUCUCAUCUCUCCUUCCUCCUCCCUCCAUCUCAUCUCUCCUUCCCCCUCCCUCUCUCCUCUCAUCUCUCCUUCCUCCUCCCUCCGUCUCAUCAGGUAACAAGACUGAGGUUCUGCUGGAGACCAGAUCUGGCUGUGUAGAAGUCUCUCUCACACACAUACACACGCCCCUCUCUCGUCACACACACACACAUACAUACACACGCACCCUCUCUCAUCACACACACACAUACACAUACACACGCCCCCUCUCUCAUCACACACACACCACACACAUACUACCACGCACCCUCUCUCAUCACACACCACACACACACACAUACACACGCCCCCUCUCUCAUCACACACACACACACAUACACACGCCCCUCUCUCGUCACACCCCACACACACCUACACACGCCCCCUCCUCAUCACACACCACCACCUACAACACGCACCCUCUCUCGUCACACACACACACACACAUACACACGCACCCUCUCUCGUCACACACACACACACAUACACACGCACCCUCUCUCGUCACACACACAUACUCACUGUGCUGGUUCAAGGUUGACGAGGUUGUCAUUUUUGACAACAUAUAUCAAGAUAAAGAUCAGACAGCACAGUCUGUGCGCCGUCUCUUUGUGUGGUAACCAGGGACAAACCUGCAUCCUAAUCAGAAUUCUGUCCUCUGGGCUUUCUUUCCAUCGGUCACACGUCUUGUGGCUGGUACGCAAACCUGCAUCCUAAUCAGAAUUCUGUCCUCUGGGCCUGUUCAUCCAAGGUCACAGCAGUGCGUGUGUUAUCACAAUGUGCGAUCAAUGAUACACCACAGGACAGUUGGAGUGGAGGAUAGUUAACCACUCUCGCUUUGCAGCCAAAAGAUGGACAGAUAAAUGAAGAAAUUAAGGAGUGUUUUAUACUCUCAACAUCUCCUCCCUCCAACAUCUCCUCCCUCCAAUAUCUCCUCCCUCCAACAUCUCCUCCCUCCAACAUCUCCUCCCUCCAUACUCCUCCCUCCAAUAUCUCCUCCCUCCAACAUCUCCUCCCUCCAACAUCUCCUCCCUCCAACAUCUCCCUCCAAUAUCUCCUUCCUCCAAUAUCUCCUCCCUCCAACAUCAUCUCCCUCCAAUAUCUCCUUCCUCCAAUAUCUCCUCCCUCCAAUAUCUCCUCCCUCCAAUAUCUCCUCCCUCCAACAUCUCCCUCCAAUAUCUCCUUCCUCCAACAUCUCCUCCCUCCAACAUCUCCUCCCUCCCAACAUCCCUCCAACACUCUCCUCCCUCCAAUAUCUCCCUCCAACAUCUCCUCCCUCCAACAUCUCCUCCCUCCAACAUCUCCUCCCUCCAAUAUCUCCUCCCUCCAACAUCUCCCUCCAAUAUCUCCUCCCUCCAACAUCUCCUCCCUCCAAUAUCUCCCUCCAAUAUCUCCUCCCUCCAAUAUCUCCUCCCUCCAAUAUCUCCUUCCAACAUCUCCUCCCUCCAACAUCUCCUCCCUCCAACAUCUCCUCCCUCCAACAUCUCCUCCCUCCAACAUCUCCUCCCUCCAACAUCUCCUCCCUCCAAUAUCUCCUCCCUCCAAUAUCUCCUCCCUCCAAUAUCUCCUCCCUCCAAUAUCUCCUCCCUCCAAUAUCUCCUUCCUCCAUCCUCCCUCCAAUAUCUCUUCCCUCCAAUAUCUCCUCCCUCCAAUAUCUCCUCCCUCCAAUAUCUCCUUCCUCCCAUCCUCCCUCCAAUAUCUCCUCCCUCCAAUACUCUUCCUCCAUCCUCCCCAACCUUCCUCCCAAUAUCUCCUCCCUCCAAUAUCUCCUCCCUCCAAUAUCUCCCUCCAACAUCUCCUCCCUCCAAUACUCCCUCCAACAUCUCCUCCCUCCAAUCCUCCCUCCAAUAUCUCCUCCCUCCAAAUCUCCCCCAACAUCUCCUCCCUCCAAAUCUUUCACUCAAUAUCUCCCUCCAACAUCUCCCCUCCAAUAUCUCUUCCCUCCAACAUCUCCCUCCAAUAUCUCCUCCCUCCAACAUCUCCUCACUCCAAUAUCUCUUCCCUCCAAUAUCUCCUCCCUCCAAUAUCUCCUUCCUCCAUCCUCCCUCCAAUAUCUCCUCCCUCCAAUAUCUCCUCCCUCCAAUAUCUCCUCCCUCCAACAUCUCCUCCCUCCAAAUCCUCCUCCCUCCAAUAUCUCCUCCUCCAAUAUCUCCUCCCUCCAACAUCUUCUCCCUCCAAUAUCUCCUCCUCCAUCCUCCUCCAACCUAUCUCUAACCCUCCAUCUCCUCCCCCAAUAUCUCCUCUCCUCCUCCAAUACUCUUCCCUCCAAUAUCUCUUCCUCCCAUCUCUCUCCUCCCUUCCUCCACAUCUCCUCCCUCAAUACUCCUCCUCAAUAUCUCUUCCCUCCAUAUCUCCUCCCUCCAUUCUCCUCCUCCAUACUCCUCUCCUCCUCUCUUCCUCUCUCUUCCUCAUAUCUUCUCCCUCCAAUAUCUUUCCUCCUAUCUCCCUGUCUCUCCCUCCAUUCUCCUCCCACAUCUCCUUCUCCUAUCCCCUCCCUCCUCUCUCCUCCACAUCUCUACCCUCCAAUCUCCUUCUCUCCUCCGCCCUCCUCCUCUCCUCUCUCCUCCUCUCCUCCCUCCUUCUCCUCGCAACUCCUCCCUCUCUCUCUCCCCCUUCUCUCUCUCUCCUCUUUCUCGUGUCUCUCUCCUCUCUCUCCUCUGUCUCUCUCUCUCUCUGUCUCUCCUCUGUC